ACAGUACAAAAUUGUGUUUCCCCGUCUUCUCUCUCCUUCUGUAACUCCAUUCAUAUAAAACCCUCUUCUCGAAACCCUCGCCAUAUCCCAUCUCCGGCCAUUCUUCGUCUGCUUCGCUUCCCCAUUCAUGGAGUCGCUUUUGAUCCUCAACCCCGCCGCCUGUUCCCACUUGAAGCCGAAGAGCUCUGCUCCUCUCCCCGCGCGCUCCCGCCUCUGUUCGUCUCCCCGCUUCCAUCCCUUGCUGGGUUUUCCUGGUGCUAACGUUUCCAUCGUCGCUAAAGCUCUUCCGCGGUGUCCUUUGACUCGGCGAGUUGUGGCGCUUGCUGCCUCGCAUGAGGAAUCGCAUUCAGAAAGUGAAGCAGAGAAAGAAAAAAAAGAUUUCGAUUUUGAUGCGGAGAAAGUACAAGAGUUAUGGAAAAAAGCUUUAAAUACCUUCAAAGAACAAGCUCUGAAGAUGAAAAGCAUUUCGAAGGAUGCAUAUGAGGAAUACUCUGAGAAAGCACUUGUUUCUCUGAAUGAAACUUCAAAGAUUUUGAAAAUCCAAGCAGAAAAGGCAAGGGAAGAUUUGGUUUUAGUAGUGCAUGAAUUAAGUGAAGAAGGUAAAGAAUAUAUUGCCACAGUAGCAGAGAAUUAUCCUGAAGAAGUUAAGGAGAUCGUGGUAACAUUUACUUCUCCAACGGAUGACUUACGUGAAAUUUCAAAAGUUCAAGACUUCUAUUUUGGGAUACCAUAUGGACUGGUCCUUUCUCUUGGUGGUUUCCUUUCCUUCAUGAUAACAGGAAGCCUUGCUGCAAUUAGAUUUGGUGUGAUACUUGGUGGUGCUUUGUUGGCCUUGAGUAUUUUGAGCUUGCGGUCAUAUAAAAGAGGACAAUCAUUUCCUCUCGGCCUGAAGGGGCAAGCAGCGAUUGCAAGUAUUCUAUUUCUUAGAGAGUUGCGCUUGGUGUUUCAGAGACCAUCAAUUGUAAAUCUUUUAACAACCUUGAUCAGUGCAACAAUGGUCUCAUUAUAUGUCUAUAGGAUGGUGCUGGACGCUCGCCACAAAAAAGAAAAAGACUUCUCUGCAGAAUGAAAACUAGUAGUCAGGAUCCUUGGGGGAUCGGAAUUAGUGCGUCGAAAGAGAAUAGUUUGCCAGUUCAGUUAAAACGAUCCGUGGGGGGGCACUGGUAUGUUGCUAUUUUUUUAAGAGUUUGUUCUCCAAGGAAAUGUAGGUUAUGAAGUUGGGUGAAAUUUUGGAUUAUGAUUCAGUUUGUUGGUAGGAUAGCCAGGAAAACUCGAGCUGGUUUAAGAGAAUCAAAGAAAUGGUCUUAGUUUUAGUUAUUGGUUGAGUUUGUUCUUUUUUUUUUUUUUUCUUUUUACUGGAUGUCGACUAUAAUGUGAAGGAGCCAAAAAAUUACACUGUGGACUGAAGCUGGAGCAAUUUGAGUGGAAGAGCUGCGGCCAAAUCGUUGGAACACAGUCAAGUAAUUUGAAUGCUUUUCAAUCUUGUCCGGCACCAAUUGUACUAAAAUAAAAUAGUUGUUGAACUGUUCAGAGAGAUUCAUCAUAUGAUUUGAAGUCGUAUCCUAGUUUUGUCUCUCUCUCAUCUAAUGAUAUACUAACAUUUUCUCAGGAUUA